UAAGAACUUGAUAGGCAACAACUGGAAGAGAGAAAAACGCAUCUCACAAAGUUCCAAAGACCAUCCUAGGAUAUAUCAGUUACGCACGCCACAGAUUCUUCUCGACACUUUUUGAAAUGAGGCUCAAUUUUCUCGUCACCACCAUGGCUCUGCUCGUUGCCUUUCCACCACCUUAUGAAUGUAGAGCCAUAGACAACAGCCCCAACCAGCCAGUCACGGACCCCGAUGAAGAGCGACAGUCACCAGCCGUUCUGGCGCGCUUGGGAGAGGAGUACUUCAUCCGGCUCGGUAACAGAAAUGAGAAUUCUCCCCGGUCUCCACCUGACACCUACCCCGAGGCAUCCCAGUAUUCCAAAAGAGCACUGCAGCUCCAGUUAACGCAGCGUCUGUUGGAGGGCAAAGUUGGGAACGUCGGCCGCUGGGAUGGCAAUUACGCGCUCCGGGCGCUCGACUCCGAGGAGAGAGAGCGCAGGUCGGAGGAGCCACCGAUUUCCCUAGAUCUGACCUUUCAUCUGCUACGAGAAGUACUAGAGAUGGCCAGAGCCGAACAAUUGGCCCAGCAAGCUCACAGCAACCGCAAAAUGAUGGAAAUAUUCGGGAAGUAACCGCGACC